UAUAAGGCUUGCAGCUGCAGACAAGAACGUAACUGCCAGUUCACGGACAAUUACCAAAUGAUAUCUUUAGAAGUUUACAGUAAGUGCUGUGUAUGUGUUCAUGGAGUGAAAAACAUUGCAGCACUUGAAACAUUUCAGCUUUGUAUCUCUCGGAUGAUUAUCUGAAUGUAGAGGAAAAUGAAGAAGCGGAUUUAUCCAGAAUCCCAUAACUGGGGGAGGCUUUCCACCAUUCUUUUUCUCUUCACUUUUGUAAUCAUCAUGCUGACUGCACCGUCUGUGUUUUUUACACAAACAAGAGGAAAUCAAAAUGGGAAACAAAAUGAACCCAACGGAGCAUGGCAGAAACGCCAGAUACUCAACAACUACAAACUGAACAAUCUAUCAAAGAUAAACAUUACCAACUAUGACCUGUCACAGAUUUUGAAAAGUGGACACAUUUUGAAUGACACAACCCAACAGUCUAUCAAUAAAUCAUCAGAAUCAAAGCAACACAUUAUGAAAGACUGGUUGCCUGAGAUUCUUUCAAACACCACAACUUUGACAUCCACAUAUGGCUCUUCAACUCGAACUGCAACACCAGGGAUGAGACUAAGAGAUACAGAUACAUAUACAGCUGAAUCUGAAGCUACACUACAAACUGGAGGCGCAACUCGACUUUCAUCAGGUAAUGAGGAAAAAUUAACUGGUCAGCUUGCUGAAAGGUCAAGUUCACACAAUACUGAAUCAAAAUCAAUAAAUGCUGUGGCAACUCUGACUCCGUCAUCUGUUGCAACAGUGACACCCACAGGAAUAACAAAAUCAACACAGUCAGUCUCAUUACCCACAACUAAUGAAGUAACAUCAUCAACCAUGACAGAAUAUUCAACAACCAAUUUCCCCACAAGUAUUAAACUUACAUCUUCUUCACCGUCAACAUUGGAUUCGACAACUACUGACUUUGCUGAUACAUCAACUUCACACAGUAUUGAAACAGAAGCAACAACUGCUAUGACAACUCUGAGUCCAUCAACUAACCAGGAAACAUCUACAUCUAUGAUGUCCUCACCCACACAACCAGACCUGACAUCUGCUGCAACAGUGACACCCACAGAAAUAACACAACUAACAGAGUCAGUCUCAUCACCCACCACAGAUGAAGUAACAUCAUCAACCAUGACAGAAUAUUCUUCAACAACCACUUUCCCCACAAGUACUAAACUUACAUCUUCUUCACCGUCAACAUUGGAUUCAACAACUACUGACUUUGCUGAUACAUCAACUUCACACAGUAUUGAAACAGAAGCAACUAGUGCUAUGACAGCUCUGAGUCCAUCAACUAACCAGGAAACAUCUACAUCAAUGAUGUCCUCACCCACACAACCAGACCUGACAUCUGCUGCAACAGUAACACCCACAGAAAUAACACAACUAACAGAGUCCGUCUCAUCACCCACCACGGAUGAAGUAACAUCAUCAACCAUGACAGAAUAUUCUUCAACAACCACUUUCCCCACAAGUACUAAACUUACAUCUUCUUCACCGUCAACAUUGGAUUCAACAACUACUGACUUUGCUGAUACAUCAACUUCACACAGUAUUGAAACAGAAGCAACUAGUGCUAUGACAGCUCUGAGUCCAUCAACUAACCAGGAAACAUCUACAUCAAUGAUGUCCUCACCCACACAACCAGACCUGACAUCUGCUGCAACAGUAACACCCACAGAAAUAACACAACUAACAGAGUCCGUCUCAUCACCCACCACGGAUGAAGUAACAUCAUCAACCAUGACAGAAUAUUCUUCAACAACCAAUUUCCCCACAAGUACUAAACUUACAUCUUCUUCACCGUCAACAUUGGAUUCAACAACUACUGACUUUGCUGAUACAUCAACUUCACACAGUAUUGAAACAGAAGCAACAAGUGCUAUGACAACUCUGAGUCCAUCAACUAACCAGGAAACAUCUACAUCAAUGAUGUCCUCACCCACACAACCAGACCUGACAUCUGCUGUAGCAGUGACACCCACAGGAGAAACAGCAUCAACAGAGUCAGUCUCAUCACCCACCACGGAUGAAAUAACAUCAUCGCCCAUGACAGAAUAUUCUUCAACAACCAAUUUCCCCACAAGUACUAAACUUACAUCUUCUUCACCGUCAACAUUGGAUUCAACAACUACUGACUUUGCUGAUACAUCAACUUCACACAGUAUUGAAACAGAAGCAACAAGUGCUAUGACAACUCUGAGUCCAUCAACUAACCAGGAAACAUCUACAUCAAUGAUGUCCUCACCCACACAACCAGACCUGACAUCUGCUGCAGCAGUGACACGCACAGAAAUAACACAAUCAACAGAGUCAGUCUCAUCACCCACCACGGAUGAAAUAACAUCAUCGACCAUGACAGAAUAUUCUUCAACAACCACUUUCCCCACAAGUACUCAACUUACAUCUUCUUCACCGUCAACAUUGGAUUCAACAACUACUGACUUUGCUGAGACAUCAACUUCACACAAUAUUGAAACAGAAGCAACAAGUGCUAUGACAACUCUGAGUCCAUCAACUAACCAGGAAACAUCUACAUCAAUGAUGUCCUCACCCACACAACCAGACCUGACAUCUGCUGCAACAGUAACACCCACAGAAAUAACACAACUAACAGAGUCCGUCUCAUCACCCACCACGGAUGAAGUAACAUCAUCAACCAUGACAGAAUAUUCUUCAACAACCAAUUUCCCCACAAGUACUAAACUUACAUCUUCUUCACCGUCAACAUUGGAUUCAACAACUACUGACUUUGCUGAUACAUCAACUUCACACAGUAUUGAAACAGAAGCAACAAGUGCUAUGACAACUCUGAGUCCAUCAACUAACCAGGAAACAUCUACAUCAAUGAUGUCCUCACCCACACAACCAGACCUGACAUCUGCUGCAACAGUGACACCCACAGAAAUAACACAACUAACAGAGUCAGUCUCAUCACCCACCACGGAUGAAGUAACAUCAUCAACCAUGACAGAAUAUUCUUCAACAACCAAUUUCCCCACAAGUACUAAACUUACAUCUUCUUCACCGUCAACAUUGGAUUCAACAACUACUGACUUUGCUGAUACAUCAACUUCACACAGUAUUGAAACAGAAGCAACAAGUGCUAUGACAACUCUGAGUCCAUCAACUAACCAGGAAACAUCUACAUCAAUGAUGUCCUCACCCACACAACCAGACCUGACAUCUGCUGCAACAGUGACACCCACAGAAAUAACACAACUAACAGAGUCAGUCUCAUCACCCACCACGGAUGAAGUAACAUCAUCAACCAUGACAGAAUAUUCUUCAACAACCAAUUUCCCCACAAGUACUAAACUUACAUCUUCUUCACCGUCAACAUUGGAUUCAACAACUACUGACUUUGCUGAUACAUCAACUUCACACAGUAUUGAAACAGAAGCAACAAGUGCUAUGACAACUCUGAGUCCAUCAACUAACCAGGAAACAUCUACAUCAAUGAUGUCCUCACCCACACAACCAGACCUGACAUCUGCUGCAACAGUGACACCCACAGGAGAAACAGCAUCAACAGAGUCAGUCUCAUCACCCACCACGGAUGAAAUAACAUCAUCGCCCAUGACAGAAUAUUCUUCAACAACCAAUUUCCCCACAAGUACUAAACUUACAUCUUCUUCACCGUCAACAUUGGAUUCAACAACUACUGACUUUGCUGAUACAUCAACUUCACACAGUAUUGAAACAGAAGCAACAAGUGCUAUGACAACUCUGAGUCCAUCAACUAACCAGGAAACAUCUACAUCAAUGAUGUCCUCACCCACACAACCAGACCUGACAUCUGCUGCAACAGUGACACCCACAGAAAUAACACAAUCAACAGAGUCAGUCUCAUCACCCACCACGGAUGAAAUAACAUCAUCAACCAUGACAGAAUAUUCUUCAACAACCAAUUUCCCCACAAGUACUAAACUUACAUCUUCUUCACCGUCAACAUUGGAUUCAACAACUACUGACUUUGCUGAUACAUCAACUUCACACAGUAUUGAAACAGAAGCAACUAGUGCUAUGACAACUCUGAGUCCAUCAACUAACCAGGAAACAUCUACAUCAAUGAUGUCCUCACCCACACAACCAGACCUGACAUCUGCUGCAACAGUGACACCCACAGGAGAAACAGCAUCAACAGAGUCAGUCUCAUCACCCACCACGGAUGAAGUAACAUCAUCAACCAUGACAGAAUAUUCUUCAACAACCAAUUUCCCAACAAGUACUAAACUUACAUCUUCUUCACCGUCAACAUUGGAUUCAACAACUACUGACUUUGCUGAUACAUCAACUUCACACAGUAUUGAAACAGAAGCAACAAGUGCUAUGACAACUCUGAGUCCAUCAACUAACCAGGAAACAUCUACAUCUAUGAUGUCCUCACCCACACAACCAGACCUGACAUCUGCUGCAACAGUGACACCCACAGAAAUAACACAACUAACAGAGUCAGUCUCAUCACCCACCACAGAUGAAAUAACAUCAUCAACCAUGACAGAAUAUUCUUCAACAACCAAUUUCCCCACAAGUACUAAACUUACAUCUUCUUCACCGUCAACAUUGGAUUCAACAACUACUGACUUUGCUGAUACAUCAACUGCACACAGCAUUGAAACAGAAGCAACAAGUGCUAUGACAACUCUGAGUCCAUCAACUAACCAGGAAACAUCUACAUCAAUGAUGUCCUCACCCACACAACCAGACCUGACAUCUGCUGCAACAGUGACACCCACAGAAAUAACACAACUAACAGAGUCAGUCUCAUCACCCACCACAGAUGAAAUAACAUCAUCAACCAUGACAGAAUAUUCUUCAACAACCAAUUUCCCCACAAGUACUAAACUUACAUCUUCUUCACCGUCAACAUUGGAUUCAACAACUACUGACUUUGCUGAUACAUCAACUUCACACAGUAUUGAAACAGAAGCAACUAGUGCUAUGGCAACUCUGAGUCCAUCAACUAACCAGGAAACAUCCACAUCAAUGAUGUCCUCACCCACACAACCAGACCUGACAUCUGCUGCAACAGUGACACCCACAGAAAUAACACAACUAACAGAGUCAGUCUCAUCACCCACCACGGAUGAAGUAACAUCAUCAACCAUGACAGAAUAUUCUUCAACAACCAAUUUCCCCACAAGUACUAAACUUACAUCUUCUUCACCGUCAACAUUGGAUUCAACAACUACUGACUUUGCUGAUACAUCAACUUCACACAGUAUUGAAACAGAAGCAACAAGUGCUAUGACAACUCUGAGUCCAUCAACUAACCAGGAAACAUCUACACCAAUGAUGUCCUCACCCACACAACCAGACCUGACAUCUGCUGCAACAGUGACACCCACAGAAAUAACACAACUAACAGAGUCAGUCUCAUCACCCACCACAGAUGAAAUAACAUCAUCAACCAUGACAGAAUAUUCUUCAACAACCAAUUUCCCCACAAGUACUAAACUUACAUCUUCUUCACCGUCAACAUUGGAUUCAACAACUACUGACUUUGCUGAUACAUCAACUUCACACAGUAUUGAAACAGAAGCAACUAGUGCUAUGACAACUCUGAGUCCAUCAACUAACCAGGAAACAUCUACAUCAAUGAUGUCCUCACCCACACAACCAGACCUGACAUCUGCUGCAACAGUGACAACCACAGUAGAAACAGCAUCAACAGAGUCCGUCUCAUCACCCACCACGGAUGAAGUAACAUCAUCAACCAUGACAGAAUAUUCUUCAACAACCAAUUUCCCAACAAGUACUAAACUUACAUCUUCUUCACCGUCAACAUUGGAUUCAACAACUACUGACUUUGCUGAUACAUCAACUUCACACAGUAUUGAAACAGAAGCAACAAGUGCUAUGACAACUCUGAGUCCAUCAACUAACCAGGAAACAUCUACAUCUAUGAUGUCCUCACCCACACAACCAGACCUGACAUCUGCUGCAACAGUGACACCCACAGAAAUAACACAACUAACAGAGUCAGUCUCAUCACCCACCACAGAUGAAAUAACAUCAUCAAACAUGACAGAAUAUUCUUCAACAACCAAUUUCCCCACAAGUACUAAACUUACAUCUUCUUCACCGUCAACAUUGGAUUCAACAACUACUGACUUUGCUGAUACAUCAACUGCACACAGCAUUGAAACAGAAGCAACAAGUGCUAUGACAACUCUGAGUCCAUCAACUAACCAGGAAACAUCUACAUCUAUGAUGUCCUCACCCACACAACCAGACCUGACAUCUGCUGCAACAGUGACACCCACAGAAAUAACACAACUAACAGAGUCAGUCUCAUCACCCACCACAGAUGAAAUAACAUCAUCAAACAUGACAGAAUAUUCUUCAACAACCAAUUUCCCCACAAGUACUAAACUUACAUCUUCUUCACCGUCAACAUUGGAUUCAACAACUACUGACUUUGCUGAUACAUCAACUGCACACAGCAUUGAAACAGAAGCAACAAGUGCUAUGACAACUCUGAGUCCAUCAACUAACCAGGAAACAUCUACAUCAAUGAUGUCCUCACCCACACAACCAGACCUGACAUCUGCUGCAACAAUGACACCCACAGAAAUAACACAACUAACAGAGUCAGUCUCAUCACCCACCACAGAUGAAAUAACAUCAUCAACCAUGACAGAAUAUUCUUCAACAACCAAUUUCCCCACAAGUACUAAACUUACAUCUUCUUCACCGUCAACAUUGGAUUCAACAACUACUGACUUUGCUGAUACAUCAACUUCACACAGUAUUGAAACAGAAGCAACUAGUGCUAUGACAACUCUGAGUCCAUCAACUAACCAGGAAACAUCUACAUCAAUGAUGUCCUCACCCACACAACCAGACCUGACAUCUGCUGCAACAGUGACAACCACAGUAGAAACAGCAUCAACAGAGUCCGUCUCAUCACCCACCACGGAUGAAGUAACAUCAUCAACCAUGACAGAAUAUUCUUCAACAACCAAUUUCCCAACAAGUACUAAACUUACAUCUUCUUCACCGUCAACAUUGGAUUCAACAACUACUGACUUUGCUGAUACAUCAACUUCACACAGUAUUGAAACAGAAGCAACAAGUGCUAUGACAACUCUGAGUGCGUCAACUAACCAGGAAACAUCUACAUCAAUGAUGUCCUCACCCACACAACCAGACCUGACAUCUGUUGCAGCAGUGACACCCACAGAAAUAACACAAUCAACAGAGUCAAUCUCAUCACCCACCACUAAUGAAGUAACAUCAUCCACUGACACGGGAAAGUCCACAACAGCCACCUUCUCCACAAAUACCCAAGUUACAUAUUCUUCACCGUCAACAUUGGUUUCAACCCCCAAACCCACUGCUGAAACAACAAAUGACAUGUCAAGUAGCAGCACUCAGGCAUCGAUGACAUCUACAUCAACUUCACAGGCUUUGACAUCAGCGACCACUUUCAGCACUCACACAGACACCACAAUCAGUCAUUCAACAUCUCCUGUUACCUUGUCCUCAAGUCCUACUUCCACUGUGACAUCACCAACUACUACUCCUCCGUGUGGCUGUAUAUGUUAUUUCGGCACCUGUAUACCUGGCGAGACAAGUAAUGAUUGUCAUUGUCAGUGCCAAGAAUUUUACUCUGGAGAGCAGUGCUCCAUCCGUGACAAUGAGGCAUCUCCUAAUAUCGAUCCUGAAGAAGUGCCUACUCGAGAAGCAAAUUUUACUUUGGAAUUUGACCUCGAUUAUCAGGAUGCUUUUAAUAAUCUAAACUCACCUGAGUCCUUGCAGUUCAUCAAAACAUUAGAAGCUGAGCUUAAUGACAUGUGCAAAGAAGCAUUCCCGGAAGGAUAUCAAAAAGUACAAGUCAUCAAAUUAUCGAAUGGAAGUAUUAUUGCAGACACCGUGGCAGUGUACAGUUAUCCGAACAAUGAGACUCAAAUCCAGUUUCUGAACACUCAGCUUGAUGGGGUAUUGUCGGAUAUUUUGAAUGACACAAGUAACCUCAAUAAGAUUUCACAGGCUUUUAAUGGAAGUGUGCAGUUAAAUGAACUCGUCGUCCAGCCACCUACAAUUGCAAAUAUCACAGACAUGAUGCCUUUUGUUAACUGCUCUGGAUUCGCUAAUUUCACUGCCGAGGUUGUUAAUGGUCAAUGGCAGUGUGUUGGGCAUUGCCAAACAAAUCCUGAUUACUGCAAUCAGCAUGGAAAAUGUCACAAUGACGUUAGAAGAGGGCCAGUGUGCACGUGCUACCAAACUAGUCUGGAACAGUAUUAUGGUCCACAGUGUGAUCUUUUCCGCCGAGGUCCAGGUUUUUAUGGAGCACUGUUUGGGUCACUGGCAGGAGCUCUCCUGCUCGUGAUUAUCAUCAUCAUUGUUGUCAUCCUUGUCAAAAAGAGACGUACAGGCAGUUGGAAAUUCAGCGACUCUCACAGAAGAUUUUCUGCUUUUGAUGAUUAUAAUGAUUUCUUUGACUUCUCAAACAGAGGCACAAGAUUUUAAAGCUGGAUUUCAGGUCGCAAGAAAUCGUCCAGGAAAUUAGAACAUCAGCUCCAGAUGAAGGCUGCAGACUACAGAAUUUUGUUCAUAAUAGAAUGUUUUAAAUGCUAGCUCUAAAAAAUUACAGAUCAUUGUGAGCUGUAAAUCAUCUAAUGCACAUUACGUUUUAUACAAAGGUAAUUUGUUGUUGUGAUAUUUAUGGUUUUAUUUAUACUAACUAUAAUGUAACUUCCUGUGACCACAAAAGAAAGUUACGUGACAAAUCAGACUCUAGUGUUGUUAGCCAAUUCACAUCUCACAUCAGUAUUUUUUGAGUUUUGAAUUUGCGUCACACGAAUGUUGUUUAAUUUUAUUUAAGGUCAGUAUGUAACACUCCUUGUCAGUCUUGAGAAACACAAGGUAGAAAAAAAGAAACAAGAAUUAAUUUCUCAUUUUCCCUGAAUGCAUUAUACAUCUACAUUGAAUGAGAGUGCACUUAACCCUUUAAAAAAAUGUUGUGACAGACUGGUGUUAGAUGCACCAGGCACCAGCAGGAAGCAUUCAGUAAGAAUAAAAAAAGAUAGAAACUGAUAGAGAAGGUAAGUGUCGAGAUGCAAAGAUCAACAUUAUCAGCUUUUGGUUACAGGUUAAAGUGAUUUUGAGACGUCAUGCUGGUUUUGCUAUUACUUGAAAUAAUACGAUGGGCUGUGCCAGCUAAUCGCUGCUCAUGCUCAGUAUCUCCACUGUGCAGUGGUAGGACAAAAGAUACAAAGGUUACCACGAAAUUCCAACAGAGCACUGGGUGGACACAUUUACAAACUCCUGUCCAGUUUUGUGAAAUCCACUACAGUAGCCAUGCAGGACUUUAAAAGACAGUUGUUGUUGUUUUUAAUGUAAACAUGUAGGUUCUGUGCGUUUCUGUUCAUUUUGUUCACACAAAAAGGUAGCAGUUGUUGCCCAUUGAGUCAUGACAGUCUUCUGUCAGUAGAUGGCAUAGGUGCACUCUUUUUAAAGUUUCACUAUUGCAGAAUGUGUGGAAAGAGUGAUAAAGACACAGAAGAGGUGUAAAACAUUUUUUCAUAAUGUCUAAAGUUAAUGACAGUGAUCUAAAAUAAUAAGAAAUUUAAAAAUCUCUUUGGUUAAAUCAGAUAUGACUAUGUCGGUGAUGUAGAGCUGGAACUGUGUGCGGUCAGCAUCAGGUAAUUACAGCUUCAUAACUACAGUCACAAUGCAAGAUUAUUGUUCCUGCCAGUCUGAGUUUCUGGCAUACUGAUGUUGCCAAGAUGUUUUUCUAAAGAACUGAGCAUGUUCGAAUACUGAUGUACAUACCUGCUGCUGGUCCAUAACAAGUUCACAAGACUUUUUGAUCAGAUGGGUUUGUGUCUCCACCUAGUGCCUAAAGACAAGAGACACGCUAACUGAUUCUCCACCAUCUCUUGAUCUGCUGCAUUUCCUACACAAGUACUCUGACCUGAGUAAAAUUUAACCAACAGCACUGGAGCUUCAGUUAAAUAUUUACAACUCACAUCCAUCACAGCAAACGAUAAGAAAAGAUACACCUAAACAUGAGUUAAUUAGCAGAUUUUCCAGUCAAUUUUCACCUCUUUUUUAAAUUCAGAUUAGAUUAAUAUUGUUGGGUGUUAUCCUGACUUAGCAACAACAACCUAAAUUAUUUUAUUCUUAACAUCUUCAUGUUUAAUAUCUAUAAACUUUAGGUAGCUGAUGGCCAUGUACAACACAUAAACAAGAAUUGCCUAAAAAUGGGCAGUUCCAUAAGAAAACUGUUUUUAUAAACAGCACAUAAAUUAGAAAGAACCAGGAAUAUAAGGCUGUUGAGUUGUCGAGAACAAAACAUGUUGACAUUUAAUAGCAUGUCAGCAGGGGAAGCUAUUUUGACUGUUACAGAUUUCAGAUCAGUUCGUGACAAUUUACACUGUUUCACUUUGCUGUUUUAUACUCAAAUUCAUAUUCUGGAUCUUACAAUUGGAUGCACGAGCAUUAAAUUAAUAUCUACAUAAAGUCUGACACAUGAUGUAUUAACAAAUAACAUCUUUCAAUAAUUUUGCAGCAGAAUUCGAACAAUGCUGCUUGAUAACAAUCAGCCACGACUUUAAAACCACAGACAGGUGAAGUGAAUAAUACUGAUCAUCUCAUAACUGUCCAAUGAUCUAUUAAAUAAACCUUUGGUCCUUGCA